AUGUCCGUGCCAUCGCCCUCUGUGGGCUCUUCCACCGCCACUGGUGACGUGACUGUCCACCUCAAGCUCCCGAACAUGGACACUGAGCGCGCCGCCGCCCUCACCCACCUCGAGCACGCCGCCCAGGUGCUUGCCGACCAGCUCGCCCACGGCACCCAGGAAUCUUUCCCCGGUCUCAUGAACCUCGAGACUGGAAUGCCUCGUGGCGUCGGGCUCGGUGAUGCCGGUAUCGUGCAGCGCGUCGUGAAGAAGCUCCUUGGUCUUUUCCACGGCGAGACCAUCGCCACGGUGGAGGGUGUGUGGGAUUGUGUCGAGUUGGAUGGGCCCGUUUCAGGGCACAACGUUACCAAGUUCAUCAAGUCUCUUGCCGCUGCCGCCCAGCUUUCUAUGUGGGCCUUCCGCGUCCUGCCCGCUCGCGACAGUGUGAUGGCCGCGUCCAACCUCAGCAUUAUAUUGGCCACUGGGGAAACCAAGCCCUUUUUCCCUUGUUACGAGGACAUCAUGCCCCACGCCAAAAGCUUUAUCGGCUUCCAAGGCCAGGUCGACUGGAUCCUCGUUGUCGAGGAGGUCUUCUUCUACGAGCUUUUGAACUCCAAGAUUCUUGAGGACAAGUCCCUUGGCUACGGUGUGAUGCUCACUGGAAUCCCGGACGAUUGCUCGACUCGGAUGCUGAACCUCCUUGCCGACUCGUUCCGUAAGGCGCCCGUUCUUGGUCUGUUCCAUGCCGAGCCUAUCUGCGUGAAGAUGUUGUGCGAGUACAAGUACGGCAGCCGAGAGAACCGUUAUGCUGCCGACGCACACGACUGCCAGCGCCUCCAGUGGCUCGGCAUGCACAUUUCGGAUUUUCUCAGCCUCGGCGUCCAGAUUCAGCAGAUGUUGCCUCUCAAGCCCUACGACGUUGCCCUCCUGGACGAAAUCGAGUCCCACAACGACCUCCCCCAAGACUGGAAGACCGAGCUCGACUUGAUGCGCCGCACUGGCGCAGCCUACAUUCAGGCGGCGUACUCGGGCGGCGACGACCGCCAGCUUAUGGCGUGGAUUCGCACCAAGAUUGUUCAGUCGCAGCAGUAG